UCUGUCACGUAGGUGUCCUACUACACCUCUAAAUCCAAGCAGGAGGAGAUCGACAGCCACACCACAGAUGGCUUCCCUUUAUUCCUCAUGACUUAUGCCUUUGCUAUCAGCUUGUCAGUGAUAUCCUGCCUGAGAUCGGACAAUGUGAGGAACAAAAUGUGGUUGGCUGUUAUCGGAGUUCUUUCCUCUGGAAUGGCAGUCAUGUCCUCAUUUGGCCUCCUCCUUUACAUCGGCGUGCCGUUUGUGAUAACUGUGGCAAACUCCCCUUUCUUGAUACUUGGAAUUGGUCUAAACAACAUGUUCAUCAUGGUGUCGGACUGGCAGCACUCCCAUGUGAAGGAUCCAGUACCAAAACGAAUGGCUCACACUUACAAAGAAGCCAUCAUGUCCAUCACCAUCACUGCCCUGACGGAUGUCCUUAAGUUCUUCAUCGGUGUCAUGUCCGACUUCCCGUCGGUGCAGUCUUUCUGUCUGUACACUGCCACUUCCAUUUUGUUUUGUUACAUUUACACAAUCACCUUCUUUGGAGCGUCAAUGGCUUUGCACGGCAGGCGAGAGGAAAGCAACCGGCACUGGCUGACCUGCAUGAAGAUACCUUUAGACAACUCAGACAAUCACUCCGAAAUAUACAACAUCUGCUGUGUGGGAGGCUACUACGAUAAGGACACAGGAGCAGAGAAAAAACAAGUAGCAAGUAAAUUUUUUAUGGAGUACUAUGGCCCGUUUUUAACCAAACCGCUGGUCAAAGCUCUGGUCAUGCUCCUUUAUGUGGCGUAUUUAGGUACAAGUAUUUUUGGGUGUUUCCACAUUCAGCAGGGGAUUGAGCUUUAUGAUCUGGCAGCCGAUAACUCCCACGUUACAAGAUUCAUCAAGAAGGACCGGCAGUAUUUUUCUGACUAUGGUCCAUCUAUUAUGGUGAUCGCAACAGAGGAAUUCCCAUACUGGGAUCACAACAAACGGUGCCAGCUUCAAGCAUGCAUAGAGGACUUUAAAGAGCUCCAGUUUGUGGAUCGGGACAUUUAUACCUCCUGGUUGGACUCUUAUCUCCUUUACGGACAAGAGAGGCAUCUAAACUUUGACGACAAAGAUGCUUUUCUUUCCAAUCUGCCUCCAUUUUUUGAUUCAUACCCCCUUUUCAAGCAAGAUGUGAACCUGACUGGUGCUGUCAUCCACGCAUCCCGGUUCUUCAUACAGACUAUUAAUAUAGCUAAUGCUAGCAAGGAAAUAGAAAUGCUUAAAGGCCUCACAUCUGUUGCAGGCAGAUGCAGAGUUGCAUCUUUAUCGGUCUAUAACCACGAGUUCAUCUUCUUGGACCAGUACAGUGUUGUGGUGAGCAGCACCAUCAAGAAUGUCAGCGUGAUCACAGUUGUGAUGCUGGUCGUCUCUCUCCUGCUCAUUCCAAAUCCAAUCUGCUCCCUAUGGGUGACAUGUUCCAUUGGUUCUGUGACGGUCGGCGUAACAGGGUUCAUGGCGCUUUGGGACAUCGGUCUGGAUUCAAUAUCCAUGAUUAUUUUUACCGUCUGCAUCGGCUUCACGGUGGACUUCUCUGCUCACGUGGCUUACGCCUUCGUCUCCAGCAAGAAGUCCAAUCCUAAUGAAAAGGCUGUGGACGCUCUGUCCAAUCUGGGUUACCCCAUACUCCAAGGAGCAGUGUCCACCAUUUUAGGGGUGUCGGUGUUAGCCAUGUCUGAAUUCAACACCUUCAGAACCUUCUUCAAGAUCUUUUUUCUCGUCAUGUUCAUCGGGAUGGUUCAUGGACUCGUCUUCAUCCCGGCAGUCCUGUCAACUUUCAGUGCGGAGAAAGAUGAAAAGGAAGAUUUAAAAACAAGUAAAUUUUGACCACUUAAAGUGUAGUGGGACAUUUUAGGCCAAAGGAUUUGUUUACAUCCUAUUACACAUGUUGAAAACAUUUAUUUUUAGUUAC